UAAACUGUUCAAUCUUUAAUAUAUCUUGGUCCAUCUUUCCAUCAAUGCCAAUCAUCUUUCCUUUUCAUUCUAAAGCAUCCCCAGAGCAUAAUGCUACAACUGCCCUGCUUCCACCAUGCAUUUAAUCUCCCCCACAAUUUAAAUGCAUGGUGGUGCAGUGCUAGCUUACAGCAGAAGGACCUGGGUUCAAAUCUCGAAUUGGCGUAGAGUUUCCAUGUUCUCCCAAUACAUCUAUGGGCUCUCUCCUUGUACUGUGGGUUCCUCCUUCAGUCCAAAACUACAGUAUAUUUGCCAAGUCAACUUGGCUUUCUAAAUUGUUAUUAGCUUAGAGCUAGUAUUUGAAGUAAAGCCACUCUCAUUGCAUUAAUGUACAAAUAUAGCAAAUUAAUUUCAGAUUUGUUUUUCAAAUUAAAUUGUCCAAAAAAUUCAGAAUUAAAUGCUCAAAUUCCAACAAGAAUAAUUUAAUAUAAUCUACAAACCUAUUAUAUUUCUGAGAGUCAUUAUUUUCCCAGUUGAAAUGUUUAGCAUAGCCUUGGGUUAUUUUGAGAGUGAGACUAGGCUACUUCUGUCAGAUUCCAUUUUAUCUCUCAUUUGGCUUGGAGGUGAUGUAAUACAUCACAUAUUUAUUUGACAGAAACCACGUGGGCAAAAGAAAAAACAUCAGGCAUAUCAAACAUGCCUGGGUGUGGAAGGGUCCAGCCUUUAUUUUUAUGUCAGUGGGUGGAGGUACCAGCCUGCCUUGCCUUUGUACAUCUUACAUCUGGAACUGGCACAUUUUUCCCCCUUUCCCAAAUAACAUCUGCAGUUAAAAAGCCAGACAGGUAGUUAGAGUUGAUUGGUCAUGGAUGGAUUUUUUCCCUCUCCUUUCUUUCCAUGUAGCUCUCUCUUUCCCUCCCUUUUUUUGUAUUCUACAAAGCCCAGAGGCUAGUAUUUCACUGAUUACAGAGUGCCUCCAUUUGAAUGGUCGUUUGUGUAUUGUCAGAACAAAGGAGCGAGCGGCCUCUGAAGAGGUGCUAGACAGGGGAAUGGAUUGGGCUCAGCGAUUAGGAUGAGUGGAACUGCAGGUUCAGGCUAGCGUAGCAGCUCCUCCACUGCUCAAGGUUCUUUCUUGACCGGGAACAGACGUAAGGCUGCAACUGCACUUCAGUCAGUGCAGGACAGUGAGCAGUUUCAGCUGAAAUGGGAGAGGCUCUGGCACUCAUUUUUAAAAUUGACACCUUAGGUUUAAGUUCAGAUUAAAAUCCAUAAUACAUCAGAUUUUUAUUAGACAUCACAGCUACACUCAUAAAUAGUUUAAAUCUGCAAAUACUUGAGACAGCUCUAAAAUAGAUAACUGUUUUUUGUAAGUUAAAAUAUGAAAUAUACCUUAAUAUCUAUUAAUCCAUGCAGUGGAAGAUAUUUUAGCUCUAUCACAGAACCUAUCAUAAACAGUUAUCCUUAUUUCCUGUCUAGGGGGACAGCCAAUCAGCGCCAAGGAUAAUAAUUACAGCUCUGAGAUUGGCCGUUUACUAUCUUUAAGGUCAGCAGGUUAAAUAGAUUCCUCUAGUAUUUGACUUGACUGUCCUUAAAUGAUAAUUGGGAUGAUUAGGGUCAUUGUCCAUUUGGAAGACCCAUUGUGAAAUAUCCUUUCCUUGUAAUAACAUCUGUUUUGUGAAGUGUGUUGGUCCAUCUUACAGCAAAACACACAGCAUAAUGUCACCUCUCCUGUACGUUGCAGUUGGGAUGUUUUUCCCAGGAUUCCAAGCUUCUUAUUUUUUCCUCCAAAUGUACCAAUAGUCACUGUGGCUAAACACUUCAAUUUUACUUUUGCCAUACCUCCAGGCACGUCUCUCAAAAUUAAGAUCUUUGUCCCCACGUGCAUUUGCAAAGAACAAUUUACUACAGUAAAUCUGUAAUAAGCAUGUUUUAUAGCAAUAGACAUUCUUCUCUGAGACAGUGUACCUGUUUCUGUUCUAAAUGGUGUGAUGACUAGACAUCCCCAGAUGAAAGUGACACUUUCAGGCAUGGAGAAAUUUUACUUGAUGAUAAAUCAGAAAUUUUCCAAUUCUUUUGAUAUUUUACUGAUUUCCUUUGGUUUUUCCAUCACGUCACACAUGGAAGGAAGUGUCUUUGUUUUUCCAAAUGAAAUGUAUGGAACAGACUGACUUCACUUUUUCUACUGAAGAACAUGCUAUAUUAUAUAGUAUAUGCAAUCUCUUGAAUUAAAUUGACCUGCAAGGUUCAAUAUUCACAAAUUCCCUGUUUUGUCAAACAUAACUCCACAUUAUUUGCAUAAAAUGUAUCUAUUAGUCGAUUUUUUUCUUAGAGCAUAUCUAAAAUAUUUGAGAGAAAAUGCAACUUUGGAAGUUGAAUUAUCUACUUGAUACAUUAUUGGUUGGUGUUUGCAAAGCAUCCAAUCCAGGAGCCACAUUUAUUUUCCUUGGCCCUCAUUGCAGAUGUUAGCUCCUGUGGUAAUGCUAAGGUGCUCUGAAGGGUGAGUAUUAAAGUGUAUUUGGUAUUUCAACUUUUGAGAUGGGGGGGCAGGGAGGUCUUAAGUGUAUGUUACUUCAGUCCUUCCGGAAUUCUGGUUAAAUCAGACCUGAAAUCUGAAAGACUGCCCUCUGGUGGUCAGAAAUUGUACUCCAGGUAGCAGACAACUUGCAGCAUCAACUGAUUUUAUGCAUGUUGCUAAUAUUGCAUGUUCUACCAAAAACAGGAUGGCGUGCAACACAGCACACAACAGUCAGUAAUAUUGCAUGUGUUACAAAGGUUUACACUGAAAAAACAAAGAUAAAAACGCUUAUUUGUUUGGAUUUCUAGCUAUGCUCAAUUCAAGCGGCACAUUAAAGACCUUCAUUUUUUUUGAAGUAAGCAAUUAGACUGUAAGCUACCUCAGAACAAUACGAUUUUUUAACUAUUGUAAUUAGCUAUAUUAGCCACAUUGUUUUAUGCAGAAUUUUAGUGAAGGAUUUUUCCAUGCCUUGCCUGUCAUGAAAGUAGCCAAAGUAUCAUUUGAUAAUUUUAAUUGUUGGUUUUGGUCAAGAAGUGUCCUGUUCUUCACCUUGCUUUUAAGACCCAUACCGUUUGAGUUUGCACCAGAGGAGCAGCUCUUCAGACAGCUCAGCAAUCAGAUAAAAGUUAACCUGACAGGUUCCUGUUUUGAACACCCACUCAGUAUUUCUCACCCCUAACAUGGAGGUAAUGACCUAGAAAUCAAAGUCCUCAUCAAAUUCAACGGGUGGGCUCAGGUCACGCUCCUGGUGGGCUUCUUUUGAUUCUGAAGCAUCGCCUUUUCAAAGCUGUUUUCUUGCUAAUUUUUAAUUUACUUUGAACCUUCGCCUCAUUGAUGGCGCCCAUGAACAUCCACCAAGAAUAGAGUGUCUGAGUGUUUUCAAUAACUGUCAGAUAAUAAUAAUGUUUUGUGUGAAUGACUCAAGUAUUCUGGCCAGUUUGUGACUCUCACAGUAAUUUCAUGCCACAUUACAAACAACAAGCCCCUUAAUUUGGUAAUCACGGUCAUCCAAGAAAACAAUUACAGGGUCAUUCAAGUAAGGGGGAAAAAGAGCUGACAAAAAACACUUACAUCAUUCCACUUCCCAAAAUUUCACCACUAAUCCACCCAUUUCUGAAGGCUUAUUAUACUAUUAAAGCACUCGUCUUGUUUGACACGUCUGCACACAGCAACAGGACUUUUUUUUUUUUCUUCGAUUACCUCUUCUUGACCAAGGGAGUUGACAUUUAUCUGUCAGAUGUGGGCCAGAAUUUUGGAACACAUGAGGUCUUUGGGCUGAUUGUUAUUCAGUUGUAACACUGUGACACAUUUUGGCACCUUCUUCUGCGCUUAGCAACGGCCAGGGAUUUUGUCCAAGAAUGAAUAGUUUUAGUGAGGUCUUCAAAACGCAAGCAGUCACAUUAAGUUAUUGCACAUGUUUGCAACUAGCAACAAGGGAGCCGAAACUUUUGUUUAUGUUUUCAGACAACUGUAGACUCCCUGUUGGACCGAGAUGGAGCAGAUCAGCAUUAAUGUCAAACAGGCAACUGGAGCUAAUGGAAACAUUAGUAUGCUUGACGUGUACUCUGGUGUUCGGAUGAUUUGUUGAGGAGCAGGGCUUUAAUUUUCAUCCUCUGGUCUCCUCCCUUCAAGGCAAACCUAACUGAGCGCUAAUGACUCCGUGCAAACAAUGUGUGACAGGGGGGACAAAUUAAAAACACUUCCUGCUUCUUUCCGCCUCCUCCCUCUUUCUUCAGGUGAUCUUUGAAGGGUCUCUGAGGUAGCUCCCUCCCUCCCAUCUCUGGCUCCUUUCUCCGUCACCCUCCAUAAAGCCGAGGUGUUGCGACCCCAUCACGACCUGGAUCCAUGUUAGCCGUUUGACUUCGGGUAGCUGGCAGAAGGACAUGAUCAGCGGUGUGAAAAAGGGGUGUCUGAGUGUGCGUUUGAAGCGGCGGGGUGGGGCCGGCCUACACAAGAGGGGUGAGGUUGAUUUUGAGGGAGAUGAGAGGAAGAGGGUCGUUCCAUUUAAGUCUCACAUGCUUGUCGAGCUGUGACUUCUUGUUAAAAAAGAGAGGCUUCUGGGUGGUGACCCCUCCGCAUCAGUCGCUUCACCUUGGGAAUUGAAUGGGACACACACCGCAGCCACCGAGCCCUCCCUCCCCGACCCUGACACCCCCUCCUCUUCUUUGAGUCAAUAUGUCCGUGUCAGAGAUGAAAGUGCAAAGUGGGAGGGACGCAGAGGGGGUCCUGACACUAAUGUAGUACAUUGGGCUUCACUUACUGAUCUGCCAAGUUCUUUUGUCAAGCCCUAAAUGCCUGCUAGGGUCCUUUGAACUGCUGAGCGCUCGCCCGCCCUCAGAUGCCUCCUCCUUUAGCUUCAAUGAGAUAUCCCCGGUGACAUUCCCACAGUCCCGCCGCUGCAGACAGACACGCAUAAGUGCACGGAAGCGGUUCAAAUUCAAAGGCUUGAAAGGGCUCUGGGAGUAACAUCAUUCGCCACGUUGCAGUUCUGGCUCAAAUUUGCUUUUUGUAAGAGAAAUUAAAAAGAAUCAGUGAAGGCGAAUCGCUUUCAGGUAAUUUAAAAGCACUUUCAUUGGCUGGGUAGCAAAGCGAGCCAGGUAAACUAAGACUUCUAACUUUCUUGCUAGUUUUCCUCACUCCCUCGCUCUUGUCGGCUAAUCUGUGUGGGUAACCUUAUCCCAAUUCUUCCCCGCAUACCCAACCCCACCCUCCUCCAAUCCUCAAGAACUGGACUGAAACAGCUCCUCAUUCACAAAGCCCUUUCUUGUUAUGCUUCUCCAUCCAGGAUAUGAUUGAUUCUCCCUGAUUUAUCAGGUUUCUUCAUCUUCCUCUUUUCCCUCUGUUUCAAUUAAAUUCGGGAAGCAGGUUUGUUUCCAAACUGGCAGUGUGAAAAUAAAUAUAACCAGGUUUUUUCAAUUUAAAGGGUAAUUUCUCCCAAAUAAGACCUAUUUCCUGAGGCCUCAACAAAGGUUGAGUUUUAUUAGUACAGUAAAAUUAAUAGGAAUAUUCUUAUCAAAGAAAUAUAACUUAUUGUUUAUGUGUGGCAACAAAGAAUUCAAAAUGACAUGACUGAUUCUAUCAAUUUGAAUAAAUAAUUCAAAAAGAAAAGUGUAGAUUUCAUAGAUUUUUUUACACCCAAGGUAAUAGUUUUAAAACAUCACUUCUGUUAAUUUUGAUUGUAAAAUUCAGUUUCUCAUAAAAUGUGAAUAUUUAGAAUGGAAAUUAAAAUAAAUGAAUGCUGUUUAAAUCCAUGUUAGUGAUUUGUCCAUUAGACAGUCUUUGACAACCUCCUUAAGAAACAUAAACCACAAAAGGUCACUGUCAAAGACAGCAAAAUGUAUUCACGCAUAUUAAGGAAAAAACAGAUUGGAGAAAAGAUAAAACGUUGCAUAUGUAAUGAGGAUAAUUGCACCUUUGAAAGGAUCAUGAAGCAAAGCCCACUGAUACAUUUGGAGGAGAUUUAUGGACUGCAGUCAAAGCUUUGAGAGCCAUUACACAUAGAAGUGUCCAAAGUCCCCUUUUCAGAUAGAAGAACAUUUUUCAUUUCAUUCAGAAAUCAAUGCCCUAAUGACUGGAGGACGAGUGAAGAGGUAAAGUCCAAGAUGCUUGAGGUAGAGAAUAGGUGUUGUAACUUUCAGAGAAACUAAAUAUUGUGUUUCCCUUAGCAUCACAAUUAACAGAAAACUAAAAAGCUCAGUCUGUAUUCAAUAAAUCUAUAUCAUGUACAAGUUUCACAUAUUUUAUUAAAUGAUUUAAUUAAACAUACUUUUUGAUAAUAUAAUUCACCAAGAUACACCUGUAUUUUGAAUUUGUCCGUUACUUCAGUCUCUCUUUGCCUAGUCAGGUUUUUUCAGACAGUCUAACAGGAAAAGAUAAAAAACAAGUAAAGUUUUGAUCAGGAAUCCAAUGACUCAAAUAAGGAUCAGCAAGAAGGUCAGAAACAUAUUUGCUUUGCUUCCUUUUCUCUAAAUCUUAUUUCAUGUCUUUGGAAUAAACCCCUAGCUCUGGCUCCUGAUUGGUCAGCUGCCAAAGCAACUAUUACAGCAGAGGAGUGAAUGCCAGAACCAUCAGACACUUGGCUUGCAUCCAGUAGCUAUUCCCCAAUCUCUGAAGACUGAUAAAAUGAUAAAAGCAAGUUUUAAAAAGAAUGUAAAAAUCAUGCUUCUCUUCUCUUAUGAGCUUCACAUUGGUACCACCAGAAAACAUGCAAAGAGCCACAGAAUACAUGGAUCUAUUUUGGCAGUAGCAUAGUUCUACACUGAAAAAAUAAGUUGAUGUUUCAUCUGAGUAUAUCUGAGUAUCUGAGAAUUUAGCAGUUAAAAAAAAUACAAAUACAAAAAAGCACAGUUAUUGUUACCAAUAAGCAACCCUCUAAAAUAAAUGUAACUCAAGCAUCUAUUUAAUGCAUACAUUAGUUUUUUUAAAAUAAUUAUUUAUUUCUAGGAACUUCUAAAUAGUAAUCCAGAACUUUCUACAAAUUUAGUACAAUUAUGACAUGAUGCAGAGACAAUUUUCUUCAGCCACUUUAGGCCAGUAGGCUAAAAAAUAAGAGGGGCAUCAUAGUGUCAUAAGGUUUCCCUGACAACUGUAAAUGCCAACUGGUUGUUGGGGAGUGACGCCCAAAAAAUUCCUUUAAGUCCUACAAUAACAAACAUUGCUCAGGUUUUUACUGGAACUGGAUGGUUUGGUCAGAUGAGAGUAUCUGGAAUAUCUGGGACAAAACAAAAGAUAAAUACAUGCAAAAGCACCUGAUACUUUCUGUCAAGUGUUUUAAAUACAGUGGAGGUUCUGUGGUGGUGUGGGCUGUUUCUCUUUCAAAAACCACUGACAACCUUGUUAGACUACCAGAAAAAUGUAAAUAGAUCAUCACUGGACCUUUUAGGGGAGUCUAAUACAGGAGGACAGAUUUAUAUUGAAAUGAUUAAACAGACACAAAAAUCAACUUUCUUCCAUCUCCAUCUGAGUCCAUAGAAAUCCUGUAGAAAACCUUUGGGCUGAGCUGCUCAGCAGAGAGUAUAUAAGGACUCUGGACAGUCUAAAGAUCACAUCAACAAGAAUAUUUUACCUUUCUCUCUAUGUGUUCCAAUUAUGCAGACUAAAAUUAGGAAACUAUGCAGUUGUUAUACUAUUGCUGAACGUUGCUGAAGUCUAAUGUACUGAGCCCAGCCUCUCCUAAUACUUCUCUUUGGGCCUCCUUUCAAGGCCUUUUAGACUAAUUUUAACUGGCCAAAUAUAUUAUAACAAGAAGACCUGACACACAUGCCACUUGAUAUAGCAUCCUACAAAAUAUUGUAUCCAAGGCAUACCUUAGAUUUACAAUUCUUAGAAUUCUUAGAAUUGCAAAUUGCUGUUCUGUCUCAAAAGGGAGACAGAACAGCCCUUUUUAUACCCCUGAUUAAACAGCAGGGGUACCAAUAAAUUUAAUUUCUAUCAUUUUAGUGUGAGAUUCUGCUAAAAGAAAAUAUAUGUUUAUUUUAAGGCAUCUUACACAUUUUUACCAGGAGGGAAAACAUUUUUUUCCCCCGCAUCUGGGUCCCUCUUCUCCUUCCUCUGACUCACAUGUGAUCACCUCAAAUAGCUUCCGCUGUUCUCUCUGUUAUUCUUUAGUUGUGGUUGGAGAAAUUUGUCCCAAACAUGCAUUGAAGAGAUGACUAGUGAUUCAGACCCUCUGCUGAUUGCUUCUAAUCAUCCUGCCUGCAAAUCACUCCUCAGGUGUAUUUUUAUGUGUAGAGAAACCUUUGUGAGGGGUGAGCAGCAACUAAUGUAAGCUGGAUUUGAUCAAACACUAACAACCUGAUAUUUGUGCAACCAUCAUUCAAAUAACCUUUUGAAUAAUUACUAUUUACUGCACUUUCUGUGGUUUCCCUACUAGGGGCAGAGAGACUAAAUUAGCUGUGUUCAGUUGUGUUACAGGGAUUAUUACAGUGCAUUGCAGACAGGAUCACACUUACCUGCAGAGAAAAAAAAAAUCUCAGAUUCAUUUUAUCAUCUCAGCUUGACCUUAUCAGUAAUAUUCAUUCAUUUUUUCAAGUUUUUGUGAUGUAUUUUUUAACAUGUCAUGUAAAUCAGUAGCUGGGGCUUUUCUCUUAAUUUCCCACCAAACCAGCAGAAGAAGACCCUUUGAAAUCCCCACUCAUGGGAAGUAUAUGUAACCAUUUAGAAUCAUUUUAAAUGUCAAUGCAUAAGGAAUCCCGAGGAUCCAGUUUUAAUGGGACAAUAAAACCGAACCACAAAGCUGUUUCUCUCUCUCUCUCUUUUUUGUUGUUGUUUAAAUUGCAGCCUCACUUCAACGUUGCCAGCUCUGUAGCACUCGUAAACACAUUCGCACCUCUCUUUUAUUUAAAUGUCGGUUAAGUUAUGGCGCAUAAUUGAAGAGAGAAAAAAAAAUGCAUUUGAAUGGUGUCUGGGGGGAGCAGGUCCAAUCCACAAACCCACACCGAUUUAAAGAGCGCACAGAAAGGAGAGAUACAGGGCAAGUUUCUGUUCCUGGAAGAGCAAAGGUACCUCAACAAUCAAGUUAAUUAAAACUACUGCUGGUGUCAGAAAUAAAGGGAAUUAUAUCCAUACCCAUUAAUUACUUUUUUUUUAAAAGUACACAAUUUGCAUAAUUAAGUAGCUAAAACUCACCUUCUUUAAAUUAGAUUAUCACGCAUCGUUGACAGUGUUGACUUUGUUAAGGUCUAAUUUCUUCUUUUUUUAAAAGUUUGUAAAGAAAAAAGAUCCUACUGAAAAAAAAGAAGUAUAACCAUCUCCUUGCGCUUUGCCCACCAGGAGAAAAAAAAAAUCUCUAAAGCUGAUGGUCUCUCUGCGAUUACCCUAUCAGGUGCAAACCGCUGACAUGUUUCCACCCACCAACAACAAAAAAGCCUCUCUGUGCCCAAAUCUCCAGCCGCAGACGCACAAACACCGCUGACAGGCAGGCAGGCAGCGCUGCGCUAUCAUCAGCCUCUCCAGGGAUCUACGACUUUUACUGUCACUGCGAUAUUUUUAUUAUUAUUUUAAUUUCACCUGGAUAAGUUUAUCUGCUUGACUUGUCUUUUGAGGACCGCUUUAUUUGAUUUUUUUUUUCUAACAUUCAUACAAUGUUAGAAUAAAAUGUGCCUUGCAAGGUGUAGAAAUCCCCCACAGGUACGGACCAAGAUGAAGAGUCUGUGAUCUCUGGAGGAGCAGAAGCUCAAAGGAUAUUUUUUUAAGUAAGGGGGAUUUUUUGAGACGUCGCAACUUGGCUCCAGUUUAAGGUGAACUUUUGAUACUCCGAGGACCUGAUCUGAGAAGUUAAUCUUUGGGAUAGCUCCCCCAACAAGGAAGCGCCCAAUGUUGUACUCCGUGCCUUUCCUGCUGCAUAUAUCCUUACAUUGGGAUUCAGUCUCCUGCUUACCGCCGGAGUUGUGUGCGUAAAAAGACGCGCAGCGGAGCGAAAGCCAGAGAGAGACAGAGAAGGAGGCGAUCCCGCCAACCUUUCCCGGGGCUCUGAGUGUGUGGAAGCAGGUGUAUUUGAGCCGUCUUUCUGAAAGCCAAGAUGUCCGUGCUGCCUUCGAGGUUCCUCUACCUGUGUUUACACUUUCUGGUUUUCUACUUCCAGCUGCAGGAAUCGCAGCAGAGCACUGCCGAUUUCAGGUUUUACAUUGAAAACCACACGAGGAACCCGGAUGACUUGAGCCGGAAGCAGGUCCGGAUCUACCAGCUCUACAGCAGGACCACGGGCAAACACGUCCAGAUCCUGGGGAAGAAAAUCAAUGCCAACGGAGAUGAUGGGGCCCUUCUUGUUGUGGAGACGGAAACAUUCGGAAGUCACGUUCGAAUAAAAGGAAAAGAAAGUGAACAUUAUAUUUGCAUGAACGACAAGGGCAAAAUUGUGGGAAGGCCUGAUGGAAGGAGGCAAGAGUGUGUCUUUGUCGAGGAAUUCCUGGAGAACAACUACACGGCUCUUGUGUCGGCCAAGUACAAAGGAUGGUACCUUGGCUUCAACCGGAAGGGCCGACCCAAGAAAGGCUCACGCACCACGCAGAGGCAACAGGAAGUCCACUUCAUGAAGCGCCAGCCUAAGGGUCGAGUGGACCCGUUGGAGGAGUUCCGUUUCACCACAGUAACUAAGCGGACACGAAGGGCUCGGCGAUUAAAAACCCACCCCAAGAGGAACUGAAGGGGCAGUUGGGAAAGCACUAGAUGUCCUCACAGGAGGAAACAGAAACUGAAAAUCUCAAGCUUCUUAAAAGAAUCACCUUAAAGACUCUGCUUCUGUAAAAGAAAGACAAACUAAAAGAACAAAAAGUCAAAGAUGUUUUAUUUUUGUAUUUCAGGAUGACUGAAUAUUUCCUGACUCUUGGAUUCUCCUGGGUUGAUGUCAUUGUGCUAAUGUUUCUGUCAUGUUAUUUAUACUGGAUAAACUCAAGGACCUCUGAGAGAACUCGUGUCGCUGCUGUCCUCAGCCACGUUUGAACUGCAAGCUGAAGGCAUACUUUCUUUUUGACAAUGGGAGCUGAAGCAGGAGCUGACGCAAUGUUAUAAAAAUCAGCCAACUAGAGAUUUAUUGGAAUACCUGUCGGUUUUUGUUUGUGUUGCCCCUGACAACGCGGAUCCCAUACUUUCCACUGGAAUUAGACACCAUGGAGAUGAAACGGAGAGAGGCGGCAGGUGACACCGCGCUGCCGGGAUAACUGUGUAGCUUUGAGUGCAAUAUUUUACAAGUCUCUUGUCCUCUACGUUCUUUCCAUAUGUCUUUCAUCCCUAAAAGUCACUUGUGGCUCCUGGAAUGCGCUGAAACCUCGCAGUCCCCAGUGAGAUCUUCAUGACAUUUCCAUGCAGCCUGCGAUUCAGCUGAAACGCAACGUGCUUUGACGAGUCCAACACCCGUUGUGAUUUUAGUCUUGUUUAAACACUGAAAGAAAACAGUACAAACAGAAAAAACAGCGUAAUUCCACACUGUCUUCCAGCUUCAACACACGUGGGGAAGGUUGUUAAUCCCUUUUGUCUGUUUCUAUUAGCUCUUCGUCACAUGUGUUAAAACUGUUUCAGAUAUGGAUUCCUUUUAUUCUUAAACUGAGAGCUUGCCAGCCUUUUGGGGCCGACAAUGACUUCCUCUACCUCUUGUGUUUAUCUUUACCUGGGCUGAUUGUCUGUGUUCAGUUAAUUUCAACUUUGACCUUAAACUCAGCUCUUCUUUUCUUUUGCUCACUUGAAGAUGCUUUUGGAAAAAAAGCAUACCAAUCAUCCACAGACAGGAAAUCUGUGCAUUAUCCUACAUUAUUUUAUAAACCUCCAUCUGAUGAUUAAAGCUUCUUCUCCAAUACUGAGAUGACAGGAUUCAGAGAAUCCUUUCAGCCAGAUUUCAUGUCUGAAUCAUAAAAAGGGAAAACUCUUUGCUUCUCACCGACAACAAACUCCAGGUUUUUUCACCAGUAGUUUGUAUUUACCUGACCCCUGGCAGGUCUUUUUGUAUGAGUUGCUACUAACAACAUGACACAUUUAUGUUUUUUUUAAACAAAUCUAAGCAAAAAAUAAUUUUAUGACUAUUAUUAAGAUAUUUAUUGUCUCCUUUUGUAAAUAAAAUGUGAGUUUUA